CUCUAGAGAACGAUCAGAAGUUUCAGUUUGUGAGGGAGUUGUUGUUGUUGUUGCUGGUUCCCCCCGCCGAUGCUGGUAGCCGCCGGCCUCCCGGAGCUAAGCCCGAGUUCAGCACACAUGUUGUGGCUCAGGCUCGCCGUGUUCCUGCAUGUAGUGUGGCAGCUCACCAGCGCCGAGGGACACAGACGGCAGGGACGGAGGGACAGGGGGAGCGAUCAGGAGGAGGCCUGCAAGUACACCAACCAGGAGGAUUUGAAUUCCUUCCUCUGGACAAUACAGCGGAAUCCGCCCUCGUAUUUCUUUGGCACGAUCCACGUUCCGUACACGCGUGUCUGGGACUUCAUUCCGUCCAACUCCAAGCAGGCCUUUCACCAGAGUAACCAUGUGUUUGUUGAACUGGACCUGACAGACCCCUACACUGUCUCCGCCCUCAGCAGCUGUCAGAUGCUUCCUGAAGGAAAAAGUCUGGGCGACGUCCUCCCAGAGGAUAUCUACAGGCGUCUUAAACAGCACUUGAAGUAUAUAAAGAACAUGAUGCCACUGUGGGUGACGGCAGACCAGCGGGGGCGGGGCCUGUACGCAGACUACCUCUUCAACGCCAUCACCGGGAACUGGGAGCGGAAACGGCCGGUGUGGGUGAUGCUGAUGGUCAACUCGCUGACGGAGGUGGACGUGCGGACCCGCGGGAUCCCUGUCCUGGACCUGUUCCUGGCGCAGGAGGCAGCGCGGCUCAACAAGCGAACAGGAGCUGUGGAGAAGGUGGAGGAACAGUGCAUGCCGCUCAACGGGCUCAACAUAUCACAGGUCCUGUUUGCGCUGAACCAGACAUUAUGGCAGCAGGAGAACAUUCGCAGCGGUCAGCUCCCCGUGUCCUUCUCUACAGACGACCUGAUUCAUCACUACAACUGUGGGGACCUCAACACUAUCAUCUUUGACCAUCACACUGCACAGGUUCCCAACCUGUUGAACACGACGCUGUCCCCCCCUGACCUGGAGCAGGCUCAGCAGAUCGAUGAGUACUUCCGUACGGAGCUGAUCCUCCUCAGGAACCAGCGCAUGGCAGGCAGGGUCUCCAAGCUGCUGCAGGACCAUCCUAACGACAGCUUCUUCUUCGCAUUUGGUGCAGGACAUUUCAUAGGGAACAACACUGUGAUUGACCUGCUGAGAAGAAAUGGGUUGGACAUAGCCUACGUCCCUUCUAACGGCACCCUAAACACGUCUAACAGUGACCAGUCAGCCACUCCCCCGACGUUCCCCAGCCUCCGCACGCGGCUCACGUCGCUGCUCUGCCCCGACAACAAUGGCAAGCCCAGGAACUGCAGGAGGAGACGCAAGAAGCGCAGGAGGAUCCACCGAGAAAACGAGAGGCCUCGACAGUUCAACGACUUGUGGAUACGAAUUGAGGAAAGUGAUUCACCAUCAACAUCGACUGCGAGCCCAACAGAAGUUCCUCCACGCAGCUUGCACUCUCUACAUAGGGUUUCCUCGCGGCGGUCGGCCUCACCACAGUGCACACAGUCAUGGUGGUUACUGAUUGUCGUCACAUUGGCUGCCAUGCCAGGUCCUCUGCUCCUUGUUAUGAGAUGAUACCAGGGUCCAUUUUUAAACAAAAAAUCCUCUAUAGAAAGGGGAAUGAUGUGCCACUGUCAUUAUUGUCUUGCCACCAAAUUAGGACAUUAUAUGUGUUUUCACAAGCUACGACCUUUAUGUCUAAAUUUUCUGUGCAAAAUGUGUGUGUGCAAAAAAAAAGUGUCUUUGUGGGUGGGCGACUAGGGUUUUGGAUGAAUCAAAAGUGUGAGAAAAAACCUUGCAUGCUGUGUCAGAGCACCAAAUGGUUUCAUAGGCCAUCUUUGAUGUUACAAAAAUGAUCAAUCAACAGUAAUAGAGAAAGAAGAGGACAUAUGAUUGUGCUCCUUGUUUUAUCCUUGUUUGAUCUAUGAUAGCUGUUAAAAACUAGGCAUACCGUCAGUAGAACAGGAUAGGAGAGGGAACAUAAGCUUCGAAUGCUAAAUGUUAGCCUUGGCAGCCUCUGCUUACAUGUUUCUACUGGGUUACAUAUAUGUGUCACUUUGAAGGACAGUGUAUUUGAGAGAUCUUUAUUGCAAUAAUUCCAAGGUAUGGAUGGUUUAGAAAUGCAGGAGUGCAUUAAACUGGAUGACAUUGCAUUGGGGAUCUCUUUAGAUGGAUUUUUCAGGGUGGCAGAUAUAUGUGACUUGGUGAAAUUCUGUUAGUAGAUGUUACAUGGUGGAUAAAGAAGCAACAACACUAUUUUGAAGCUGGUGUGUUAGUUACACUAGUACUGGAGCAUUGACUACAUGAACAUUUACCUCAGCUUGGUGCUUUUAGACAGAUGUUAGAGUUUUAUUAGUGUGGUUAAGUUUGGUACAUUUCUAAGCAUUGUCAGUAUCUCAGCCAAACCAGUAUGUAUGGGACCAAACCAACCUUCAGUUACCGUGUAGUUUUGAGUACGUGUUUCUAAACUCAACACAAAAAGUUUGGAAACUUGAUUUUAUCAGUCAAUCUUAUCUCCAUAAAUACUUGAAUUGACAAUUGUAGUGUAUUAUAUAUCACUUGAAAGCUAAUGUAUAGCCCUUUACAAUGAUUGUCUUUCUGUUAUGAUCAUACAUUAAUGGGCUCAGUACCAGGGCUAAUUAUUUGGGUAGAAAGGCAAGUGCAGAAAUAUUUAUGGGCUUUUUUUUUUCAUUGAAUAGCAGCAUGUGUUAUAUCAUUGGAAAGCUUGUAUAUAUAAUGGGUAAAUAUAUAAGCUUUGCAAUGAUAUAUUGGUAUAAUACUGCACAAUUGAUGAUAUGGAAAUGAUUGAUCAAAUUCAAGUUGCAGUAUUUUUUGUGUUGAGUCAAUAACUUUAGUUGACCUUUUUCCGGGGGUUAACCUAUAUCCGUCAUUUUCACCGGAUGAUUCAAUAUUCAUCAAAUAACUAAUAUUUUGACAAUAUUGCAAUUUGAUUAAAUAUCCUAUUUUGAAAAACAACGGAUAUAGGUUACCCCACGGAGAAAGGUGACCUAGCAUAGAUAAGUUGUCACAACUAGUUCACUUGGCAGCUGCUAAGGACGAAUGGUGGCUGAAGUGUGUCCAAAUUGUAAAUAGUUCCAUGUAGACUAAGAAAGAAUGUACAUGUACAUACAUAUAAUGCUAGUCCACCUUUAUUCGUGGGGUAACCUAUAUCCGUUGCUUUUAAAAACAGUAUUUGGGGAGAUCAAUGGUGGUUUCAAACUGCAGUAUUUCAAAAACGUUGCAUCUUGAAACUACCGUCCGUCAACUUGACAUUUCUAAAUACAUUAUUUUCAAAAACAACGGAAAUAGGUUACCCCACGGAUAAAGGGGAAUAACGUUACCAACUUCUAACUGCCAAGAACCAAGUCUUUAUCAUUAUCACUGCCUCUGUACUCAUAUUAAAAUAUGUAUGGUAUUGUAUUUUUAUAUACCUGUAUAUCUAAUGAGUAAUAUGUACUUUUUAUACCCGUUUUUGAAACAAUGUAAUAUAAAUCGUACUUCAGGAAAGUGUAUUAGUACAUGUAAUGUUAUCACCAUUGCCAAAAUUGUAUUGAACCAUAUCUGUUGUUAUAGGCCUACUUGUAUCGCUGUCAAUUUAUGUCAAUACAGCACUAGCGAUUAGUACCUUAUACUACUAGAAAAAGUGAUUAUAUUUCUACACAAAUAUUCGUAUCUUCCGAAACUGUACAGGUAUACAUCAUGUAGGUUGUAAACUCUGGUAAGAGAGCGUACAUGUAGCACACAGUGCCAAUUGAAGUUGUAUUUCCAUUGCCAUGUAUUUCCAAUGCCACAAUAGGACACUAUAUUUAUGUUAAUGUUUACAGGAUUAAAUUUUCCAAGUA